CGCGUCUCUCUGGAUUGUUCUCGUCUUGUCCGAGCUGCUGCUGUUUCUCUGGCCUCCUCCUUAGAUUAGCAACUGCGACUGCCAAUUACCGGUGCUGCUUUCAAUCUUCUACUCCACCAUUCUCAGCUCGGGUUAAAAAAAACUUAGGACCUUGAAGCAUGGCCAAGCAUCAUCCUGAUUUAAUCAUGUGUCGGAAGGAGCCAGGAAUUGCCAUCGGACGACUUUGUGAGAAAUGUGAUGGGAAAUGUGUAAUAUGCGACUCUUAUGUGCGUCCUUGCACGCUAGUGCGGGUUUGUGACGAGUGCAAUUACGGGUCCUUCCAAGGUCGGUGCGUUAUAUGUGGGGGAGUGGGUAUAUCUGAUGCUUACUAUUGCAAAGAGUGCACCCAGCAGGAGAAAGACAGGGAUGGGUGUCCUAAAAUUGUUAACUUAGGGAGUGCGAAGACAGAUCUGUUCUAUGAACGUAAGAAAUAUGGAUUCAAGAAAAGAUGAUAAGUUAGUAGUGUACUAACUGUAACAAUGUCUGAGGGGGUUCUACUGAUGGAAGCAGUUAUGAUUUACUGCUAUGUGCUGAUCACCUCUUCCUUUGUGUUGGGACUUUAGUCUGUCUUAGUUCACUAAUUAGUUUUAUAGGCAUGAGAUUUUGAUUGCAAGGGUAUUUGUAUUCAGACUGAAUCUUAGUGAUAUGUGCAAAAUGUUGGUACUUUGGCUUUUCUGAGCAAUAAUUUUCAUGUCUUAUUGAUGAUUAAUAAUAACAUGGUUCUGGCUCGAAAUAAUUAUCUUAAA